AUGGGUUCUGAACCAAUUAGACUCCCAAUCAUAGAUUUCUCCAACCUUAAAAAUCAAACUGAAACCUGGGAAUCCACGAAAGCCAAAGUCUGGCAAGCCAUAGAAGAAUACGGCUGCUUCGAAGCAACAUUCGAUCACAUCCCUCUUCAUCUUCAAAAAUCAGUAAUUCAUGAAACGAAACAACUAUUCGAUCUCCCUUUAUCCAUCAAAUUACGCAACAGGUCCAACAAACCCUUCCAUGGCUACGUCGGCCAGUACUCGAUAGUCCCACUCUUCGAAAGCCUCGGGAUUCCCGACGCCCUCUCCCAGGGAAAAAUCCAAGCUUUCGCCGACCUAAUGUGGGCCGAAGGAAAUCCUACAUUCAGCAAGACUGUGGAAUCCUUCUCGGAGAAGCUGUCGGAAUUGGACAAAAUUGUGAGGAAAAUGAUUGUGGAGAGCCUUGGACUACACAAGUACAUGGAUGAACACAUGGAUUCGUCGGAUUACAUCUUUCGAUUUCAGAAAUACGAUAGGCCUCGAAACAAUGAGAGUGAGCUAGGGUUAACAUCCCACACGGACAAGAACAUCGUAACGAUCUUGUACCAGAAUGAGAUCAACGGACUCGAAGUGCUCACCAAAGAUGGACAGUGGUUAACUUCUCAACCCUCACUUAACUCAUUCGUUAUCAUGAUUGGAGACUCCUUGUAUUCAUGGACAAACGGGCGGCUGCAGGCUCCCUACCACAAGGUGAUGAUGAGCGGGGAGCAAGCUCGAUAUUCUAUUGGUUUGUUUUCGGUUCCUAAACCGGGGUACAUAAUUAAGGCCCCCGAAAAGAUGGUGGAUGAAGAGCAUCCAAUGCUCUUCAAGCCAUAUGAUCAUCACCAGUUUCUUCAAUUUUUCUAUACCCAAGCUGCUCAGAAAUCUUCCAUUGAUGCUCUCAAAGAAUAUUGCGGCGUCUAA